AAAGAGUUAGAGUUAGGUUAGACCUCAUACUUUUUGUUAAAGGACAGCUAUCCCGGGGUCUGUCAGUCAACAACCUCUUUCAGGUUUAUUUCUGUCCUUUUCCUUAUCAGUCUGCAACCAUGUUGGCGGUCCGAAACGCUCUCCGCCUGUGCUCCAGGUUGUCCAUCCCGGCGGUGACGAGGAGGGGAUGCGCCGGUGCUGCCAUCCCGGUGGACGAUGUGGUGAACGGACUCACCGACGAGCAGAUUCAGCUCAGGCAGACGGUUCGUAAAUUCUUAGCAGAAAAGCUUGCACCUCAUGCCGAUGAGAUCGACAAGCGGAAUGAAUUUCCAGAAAUGAGGGAGUUUUGGAAGGAAAUGGGGGAGAUGGGAUUCCUUGGGAUGACUGCUCCAGUGGAAUAUGGAGGCACCGGAUUGGGCUACCUCGAUCAUGUCAUUGUGAUGGAGGAAAUGUCACGAGUGUCAGCAGCCAUUGCUCUCAGUUAUGGCGCCCACUCCAACCUCUGUGUCAACCAGAUGGUACGCCACGCCAACGAGAAACAGAAGGAGAAGUACUUGCCAAAGUUAAUGACAGGAGAACAUGUAGGAGCCCUGGCCAUGAGUGAGCCCAACUCUGGCUCUGAUGUUGUAUCCAUGAAACUCAAAGCAAGGAAGCAAGGCAACUACUAUGUUCUGAAUGGCAACAAGUUCUGGAUCACAAAUGGGCCAGAUGCAGACGUCCUUAUUGUUUAUGCAAAGACAGAUCCUAAGGCUCAUCAAAAAGGCAUCACAGCUUUCAUUGUUGAAAAGGGAAUUCCAGGAUUCUCUACAGCACAAAAGCUCGACAAACUGGGCAUGAGGGGAUCCAACACCUGCGAGCUGAUCUUUGAAGACUGCAAAAUCCCAGAGGAGAACAUCCUCGGUCCAUUGAACAAAGGCGUUUACGUGAUGAUGAGCGGCUUAGACCUGGAAAGGCUGGUGCUUGCAGCGGGACCUAUUGGCAUCAUGCAGGCAGUUUUGGACUUUUCUGUUCCCUACCUGCACGUCAGAGAAGCUUUCGGACAGAAAAUUGGACACUUUCAGCUGAUGCAAGGCAAGAUGGCCGACAUGUACACCAGGCUGAGCUGCUGUCGACAGUAUGUGUACAAUGUUGCCCGAGCUUGUGACAAAGGACACUACAGUUCAAUGGAUUGUGCUGGAGUGAUCCUGUAUUGUGCAGAGAACGCCACUCAGGUUGCGUUGGAUGGCAUUCAGUGUUUGGGUGGGAAUGGCUACAUCAACGACUACCCUAUGGGACGAUAUUUGCGUGACGCAAAGCUGUACGAAAUCGGCGCCGGCACAAGUGAAAUUCGCCGGCUUAUCAUUGGACGAGCCUUCAACUCCAUGUUUAAAUAAUCAGAACUGAGAAAUGGAAAUCGCUAAAGACUGUACGAGUGGUUUGCUGUGGAUGAACACAGUUACUGACACCGAAGGCCUUAUACUGUAUGAACUGCUGCUGCCAGAUGUCAAAUCAUCAUGCAUCAGAAUCAUUGUCAACUGUGAUUUUAAUUCAUAUAUAUAUAUAUAUAUAUAUAUCUCAUACAUACACAAACAUAAAAUCACUCAAAGUUAAGUGUGAUGUUGCUCACCGACAACAGGUACAGCAGAUUAAAUGUUGAUUUAGUAUGUUAUGCGGCCUUGAUGUCAUUUUGUUUUCAUAUUAGUCUAGUCUGAGGUUAUAUUGAAUGGAUAACCACUGAAAUGCCAAUAAAGCAAUAAAAUAAAUAUUUGUUAUGCCCAGCUCGUGGAAGAACAUAACAAAGAGGGAAGGUCCACGCAGAAAACAGUUUAACUGAAUCAUAAGGUUUUAUUAAAGUUACCUUAACUUAUAAUUAACUCAAAACACAAGUAAACUUAAACUCAUCAUAUUCAAAGCAAACAACCAAAAGAAAAGGAGCUCCUGAAAGGCGGGUGCCUUUCAGGAGAGAGGUCGUGAGGAAGAGAGCCAUCUUGGUUCACCACAGCUUUUUAAGGACUUAAACAGGUGGCUGCAAUCACCAACGAGGUGGGUGUGUCCAACCAAACAGGAAGUCAGACCUGGAAAGAAAAGGACAGAGAACAGGCCAACCCCAAGGCCCCAGGCCGUCACAUAUUUACCCUUUAUAAACCUUUAUAUUACGGAAAUGAUUAAAUAUCUAGAACACCUGACCUCCAAAACUAUUGCUGCAACGAGUUUCAAGAGCAAUCAACAUGAUGGCCACUGCUUAGUUUGUCUUUCAACAAACACAUUGGCAUUUCAAGGGUUAUAGGAAUGAAUGCAAUUUGAAUUGUGUACUGUCAUUGUAUAAAAUGAACUGAUGUAUUAGAAGUUAAUGAUUGAGCAGAUGAGGGGCUCGGUGCUCCGGGACACUUUCGCAGGCCACUGUUUCUUUGAUCAAACCUCCAGUAACAUCCAGUAAUUACUUUCUCUAACCUUAAUAGUGACUAUAAGUAUUGUUCUUUACAAAACAGUCAUGAAUUUAUCUUUGAACACUAGUUUUUCUUGGAAACUGAAAACUGUUUCUGAUCAAUAAGGAAAAAUGUCUGAUGUCUGAGUAUUCUGUUGCAGAGAAGGAGUAUUCAAGAACAACAUUGUUCGUUUUGGGAACAAACAUAUUCCACUGUUGUGUUCUGUCUGUACUGUUUAUACAGUCUGACUGAAGAGAGCCUCCUAAAGAUUUGUUUGUCUUCUCUCCUCCAGAGUACUGUUGGUGUCAGUAUGUAGAUGUACAGUGGAAAAAUGUAUGAAAUAUAGUAGUUUUGUUUGCAGUAAAUAAAUACAAAAACAUUUUA